CCCGCGCCUGGUGCCUGCAGCUCGCCAACCGGCCCUCGGCAGCGGCGGGAGGGGCAGGGGAAGGCUAAACCACCCCACCGGUGGGAGGACCUCUGUCCCCCGGGAGGGAGAGGGCGGGACCUUCGGAGCCACCAUUCGCCCCCCAAAAUGCCCCCCAGCCGUGACCCGGACCUGAUGGGCGGGAGCCACCGCUAGCAUCUUUGGGACCGCUGCUGCUCCUGUGCUGCAGCUGCUGCUGCUAUUUGGUCUCCCCGUUGCUCUCCUUGCCGGCAGCUCGGACAGAGCUCCCGCUUCCCUGGGACCAAGGACAAAUCCCGGGGUUCGAGGUCCAGUUUCAGCAAAGUCGGUCCUGCUCUCCCGCUUUCCGGAAAGCCGUGUCCCUGGGACCCUCUGUGGCUUGGGAAGCUUCAGGCCCGGGAAGGGCAGUGGAGCGAAUCUUCCUGAGGCUGUUAAUGGAGAAGAGGGCGAAUGACAGCCGGUACCGUGGUCAUCACAGGUGGAAUAUUAGCAACUGUUAUUUUGCUUUGCAUCAUCGCGGUCCUCUGCUACUGUAGGCUUCAGUAUUACUGCUGCAAGAAGGACGAGUCCGAAGAGGAUGAGGAGGAGCCAGACUUCGCCGUGCACUCCCACCUGCCUCCGCUCCACUCCAACCGCGCCGUGGUGCUGACCAACGGGCCCUCCCUCUACGGCCCCUCCUUCAGCCCCUCCUUCAGCCCAAAGCCCUCCCGGAGCCACCAGGUCUGCCCCAGCUGCUCCCACUACGAGCCUCCCACCUUCUUCCUGCAGGAGCCAGAGGAGGCCCAUAACGGCGGAGACCGCGUCACCUACAAGAACAUCAGCCAGGAAGAUGUGGAGCUGCCCUUGAACCUCAACAACCUGCAGCCCCUCAACCCGAACCGGCUCUCCGCCAUGCGUGAGGCCUUCUCCCGCAGCCGGAGCAUCAGUACUGAUGUCUGAGCCUUGAGGUCCACCCUGUCUCCCCCUGUCCCGGGGAGGCUGCUGAGGGCUUUAUGGACAGGUUUCAGAGCAACAGAUGCAUUCUGUCAGGAUCGGGGCCCAGAAAUCAAGAGAGCCAGUGGCUAUUUAAAGGUUUCUCCUCAAAAAAUCAAAAAAUAAAAACAGGUUCCUCGCACCCAAGGUACUCCAGACGUAGGAAAGAUUUCCUAGAUUUGCCCUCUAGACUGUAAGUUCACUGUGGGUAGGGAUUGUGUUUGUUGUUUUAUUGUAUUCUCCCAAGUGCUUAGUAGAGUGCUCUGCACACAGAGCACUGAUUGAUUCUAGAUGAGCAGGUUUGAGAUUGGACAGUCUAUUGUGAGCCUCUCUAGGCCUUAGCAACUCCCCCAAAGAGACUGGCGCUAGGUCGGUCAUUCUCCAUCCAGGCUACACGUAUGGUCUUUAAGCCCAAACUGGACAAAGGGGUGGAGUGUUUUUGGUUUUGGCAGCUAGAAACCCCUGACCCCUCUGACCCCUCUGGCCAGGGAUGGCUCAGUCAAGUAGCUGAGAGAGUCUCCCCUGACCACAGCGGCUCUGAGGCUCGCCUCACUCCUGGCACCUCCCCAUCCCCAUUCCCCAUUUUGUGGGAGAAGCUACCGGGUCACACAUGAGGCCUCCCGGGGCACAGGGUGGAAACACCCAAAGGAUGUAGUCCUGACAGGUUUGUGGUGAUAGUUUGUCUACGGGAAAGGUGGCAGGAUUCCUCUGUCCAGGAAGAUGAGUGAGGACGAGACCCAUGGGGUAUUUCCCCUCCAAAAUGUCACCAAAGGCAAUCGCCUGGUAAAAAGCAGUCCCCUCAGAGUCAGCGGGGAGGCCAGGUCCUGGAAAACUGCCAAAUAGCUGUAGUCUGAGAUGCAGAAUGGCCCCUCCCAGGUGAGGCCCAAGGUCAGUCUCCCCUGAACACUGACCACUGACCGAUGGCUGCCUGGCAGCGUGGCUUCUCCCAGGAAAGAACAGACUUGCAGGUCUUCCCUCCCACUCCGUCCCUGAUGGUUUGCACAAUAUUCGCUAGGAAAUAACUCUCCUGAGAGUUCAGCUCACCCCACCACAGACCCAAGUUUCCAUCCCAGCAUGAUUUCUUCCUACCCCCUUGUCCAACCCCCAGCCGUGACAGGGUCCAGAUAUGGCCAGAUGUGGGAUCAUCUCAAAUGGUUCUUCUCCAGGUUCGAUCAACAGAAGGCAACUGUGGAGCAACUUUCCCGAGGGAAUUCUAGCCUUCAGCAGGCCCAUCUUAACCCGAUUCAAGAGAAGAAAUGGCCUGUCUUUCCAAGGCUGGCUGAAGCACUCUGAAGAA